AUGCCUAACUACACUAAGUUUUUGAAAGACAUCAUAUCUAGGCAUAAGAAGUUAGAUGAGCAUGAGACGGUAGCCUUAACAAAGUGUAGUAGUGAUGCUCUAGGGAAUCCAUUACCUGUUAAGUGUAAAGACCCAGGUAGUUUCACUAUCCCUUGCUCAAUAGUAGGUAAGAACCUAGGAAGAGCAUUGUGUGACUUAGGAGCAAGCAUUAAUCUUAUGACUCUUUCUGUCUUUAAAGAGUUAAAUAUAAGAGAAGCUCGUCCCAUUACUGUCACUUUACAACUAGCUAAUAGGUCUAUAAAGAAACCGGAAGGGAAAAUAGAAGAUGUGCUUGUUAAAGUCGAUAAGUUUAUUUUUCCCGCCGAUUUCAUUGAGGUGCCUAUCAUUCUUGGGAGGCCAUUUUUAGCAACUGGAUAUACUGUAUUCAAUGUUAGGAAAGGAGAGAUCACUAUGAAGGUCAAUGAUGAGCAGGUAACCUUCAAUGUCCUCGAUGCGAUGCGUCUCCCGGAUGAUGUCGAAGAGUGCUCUACAAUAGGGGCAAUCAUGGAGGAACUCCAGCAAAUGAUAGUGGAAGACUUAGAAGCAGAUUUGGAGGUCGCAGAAAAAGAAUCCACCGCAAUUUUGCCCCAAUUUGAGCUUUUGAGUUUUUGCAGCCGACAAUAG